AAAUAACUUUGACAUAUGUCAAAUUAGUCACCAAACCAAAACAUUGAAAAUUUGUGAUAACGAAUAAUUUGAAGCUUUUGGAGAAGAGUUGGAUGUAGAAAAUGGGUUUUCCUCCAGUUCCGCCCAUAAUUAAGUCCAUUGCCCACGUCUUAAAAGUGGCCGAUGAGCAUGAGACUCGUGAUAUUGUUGUGAGCUAUUGGGCUCGUAUGUAUGCUUGCCAGUCAGCUAUGAAGCUAAUUCCGGGCAAAAAACCCCCAGAAGUUUCAAAUUUAUUAAUCGCUUUGAUGGACUGGUUAGAGUCAACAAAGAAGUCUAAUCACGAACUUGAGGGAAUUACAAAUGAGACAGUGGCACAGGCUAUGAUUGAAAAUUACGCCAUGCAAUUAUUUGCCUUUGCUGACGCCCAAGACAGGGCUGAAAACUUCAACAAGAACAUGAUCAAGGCUUUCUACACCGCUGGCAUCCUAAUGGACAUUCUGGAGCAGUUUGGUGAACAAUCCGAGGAAAUAGCCGAUAAGAAAAAAUACGCAAAAUGGAAGGCAGCUUACAUCCACAAUUGUCUCAAAUCUGGUGACAAACCCACCUCGGGGGGCCCUGACGAUCACUUGAAGAACGUCAUUGAUGUGUCCAAAGACGGUGAAGAUGACAGCACCCAAAACAAUCUAGUUAUUUCACCCAGACCUUACCGCGAUUUCCCCAUCGAUGAGGGGACAGGACCAGCCCCUGCGUCUUCUCCCGUGACUCCAGUUGUACCACCCGAGCCUCCAAAACCCUUAGUCUCAACCCCGACCACCGAAGGAGGAGUUGCACUAGGCCCCGACCAGAUACAAAAGGCCCAGAAGUAUUGUAAAUACGCGACUUCGGCCCUCAAUUACGACGAUGUUAAAACCGCAAUUGAGAAUCUUACAAAGGCGUUGAGUUUGUUGCAAAGUGGUAAGGAAUAAAUUCUAUUUUUUGCUUAUAUUUGUGUAACAUUAAUAAAGCUUUUAUUAUAGUUUAAAAACGUAGCGUAAGAAUAUUUAUCUUUUUGCACUAGAAAUUGUUGAUAGUUUUCGCCCACGAUGGCCGUAAUGUGAAUUUUAUUUUUCAAUAAUACACAUUUGAAUUAA